ACUCGAUUUUCCCAAUAUUUUAAAGGACAAGCAUGUUUAUCAAUCGUGGGCUUUUCUAAAUAUUGACGAACAUUAAUUAUUGAUUCCACGACUGAUACUGUAUGCCGUACCUGAUUAGGCAAAAAAAGCAAAUCAUCACCGCAGGCAACACCAACCUUACUAUUUUCACUGGGUCGCCGGGAUUUCCCUCAGUAGAGAUAUCAAUACGUUCUACGGUUUAGGUGCAUUCAAUAUAAAAAAAACACAGUGACGUGGAGGAAUUCUACAACGUAUCUUUUUUUCUAUUUUUAAUUGUAUAAAAAUGCUAAGGACGAUAAAAGCAAAAAAAAAACGAUAUAUCGAUACCAUUCUCAGACAAUCGAUAGUUUCGAUAGUUGAAAUACUAUCGAUUAAUCGAUUGACUAUCGAUUUUUAAGCAACACUAGUUCGGGGAAUUACCUACUGGUUUCGCGGUAAGAGUAUGUUUAAAUGGUCUGUGCUUAUGUAGUAAUGAUGUGAACCCGAGGCGCUCGGUGUUCGGACGAAGUGACUCCAAUUUGAAACGUCAAACAGAAAAGGAUGGAACGAUCGCGACAAUAAUAUUGUGAAAUGUGAAUAAUUGUGAUGCACAUUGCACACUUCGACGACUCGCAUGUCGACUUAGCAGACGUGUCCUGUUAUAGUGAAGACAAUUAAAUAUAUUUAUUUGGUGUGUUCAACAGACUACAGAGGUUCGUUUUUAAGUUGUGUUAAUCUAAAUACGCAUGUAUUAUUAUUAUACUUUGUACCGUAUUUUAAUUGCAUUUUUUUUCAUCUGGUGAACCAUUGCUUUGUCAUGUUGAGUCUUUAUUACGGAAUUAUAAAAAUCGUGUCCCGAAACUUCAGCUUCUCUUUUGACUACUUAAAGAUCGUCAAGUUAUUGUCGCAAUGCUAAAUUCUACAAUUUAACUACUCGUAUUUAUGUUAACGUCUGGUAUCGCUCCACUACUAACUGUGUUUACACCGAUAACAACAUAAACACUAAGUAAUACUUUUGUAUAGAGGACUCGAUUAAAAGCAUGACGCAUCAUUUGGUUAAAGCAAGCUUUGUUUUUGUUUUAAAUUCAAGUUAUUAAUAGUUCGUUCAUUGAGUUUCGAUUUCCAAUAUUGUUUUAAUUAUAAACAUAAAGAAAAGAAAUAUUAAUGAAAAUUGAAUAAAAUAAAUUGGAAAUAAAAUUGAAAUAAAGAGUGAGUACCUUUAUUGACAUAGCGGUUGAGGUGACGAUAAAAUUCUUCACUAAUCCAUAGUCAUUCCAUUGUGAGGAAUUACCAACUUUUAUCAAACAGCAAUGGGAGAUACUAAUUCGAAAGUAAUAUUAUGAUGAGUUAUAGGGUCUCAGUUUUUACAAUACAACGGUUGCCCCACCAUUCAAACCGAAACGCUUUACUGCUUCACGGCAGAAAUAGGCAGUAACCAACCAACAAAGACAAUUGUUUUAACCGGUCGCCGUCCUCGUCGAACCCGUCGCUUGCAACGAAGGGUUCGACGAGCGAAUUAACCCAUAGACACAGCCCACUGAGUUUCUCGCCGGAUCUUCUCAGUGGGUCGCGUUUCCGAUCCGGUGGUAGAUUCUGCGAAGCACUGCUCUUGCUAGGGUCAGUGUUAGCAACACUCCGGUUUGAGCCCCGUGAGGUCACCUACACACGUUAGGGUGAAGCUGAAAUAACAUCUCAAGGCUAUCAGCAUAGGUAGGAAAAAAAUAUUGUUUUAUUAGCUUACUUUCAUGUUUAAAGCAAGGCCUCAGACAAAGCAAGGGCUCAGCCAGGACAAGGAAGCUCUUACUCAAUAAACUCAAUGGCUUUUGUUUUGUAUCUAUGACCUUUUUACGAAAACUAGAAAAACAAUAAUAUAAAAAUAAUAUAAAAAUAGAUAAAAACAAAUAUUAUUUAAACGAAUAUAAAAGUUUAUUAAAAAAAUAAUAUUCAAACUAUCUUUAUAAUUUUCUAUUUUUAGAGACCUGACGCAAAUAUAAGGGAUAAUGUAUAGAGUGAUUGAAGAGGAAGGUUUAUAUGUAUAAACAUCCAUUAAAUAGUGGAGAAAUCAAUAUUAAAUUACAGUUUCCGAAGCGAUGCGAGGGCGGGUCGCUAGUAUACAAGAAUUGCUCGUUUAAAGCCGGACAAAAAUGGAGACAUUCAAAUUUUCGAAUGAUAAAAAACACGUCACCGAAGCUGUAUUUAACGGGUCAGUGUUCUAUGAAGUUUACAAAUACGCUGAUUUCCUGAAGGAAAAAGAAAAUGUUGCUAUAAUAUUGGCCAAGGCCUACGAUUUGAGGCAACGAUUGAAGGAAGUCAAGCCGGGGCAGUGCAUCAAAGUACAAGAUAUGUACAUCAUUCCAGAGUUGCCGUUAAUGAUUAAAAAAACCGGGCCGAACGUGGCGCUCAAGCCAAGCGAUUUCACAAUAAAUCGUUUGACGGGAUUAACAGCUGCGUUCGCCUUCCAGAACCGUCGGCGCUUCCCCCAGAUAUUUUCAAGCGAAGCUCACGCCAUCGGCCUGGAGUGGGACAACGCGGUCGAAUUAAAAUGCCGCUUAUACUUAUCGGCGGUCAGCGGCGCUGAGCACUUCCUUAAAAUAUUCGGGGUUUACCCUCUCGUUUGCGCUUUAAAGAAAUACCAAAUGAAAAAACUACCAUUGGAACUCGUGAUUAAAGCCGGUAAGAUUAAGAACGAGAAAGGCGAACGUAUGGCGUCGGUUUUGCAGAGAAAUAACGCCAAGCUAAACAUUGUCUGGACUAUGUUCCCCGAUACGGGUUCAAAUAACUUGUCUGCCAUUUUGAUGAAUACCCCGGCCGAACUAAAAGCCUUGUUCAGAGGUUGAAAUUGCGAUCGCGACUCUAAUAAGAGUCUCAAUACGACAAAUGAUCGGUUUCUUUAUGACAAUACACAGCCUACAUUCUUAUUUUAUAUGUAACUUUCUAGAAAUAUAACCGUCUGCUUCUAGAAAAAAUUUAGAAUGUAGGUAUCUAUUGAUGUAUUAAUGUAUACAUUACAAUAUAUGUGUGUUUAUCACGCAA